AUUGUUGAAUGUUCACGAGAAAAAUGAGAACAGGAUUUUGGAUAGCGACUACAUUCUACGUGGCGACGAGCACAUGCAUUUUACCGUCACCAUUAACGCUGCAACUGAUCCUGGAAUUCGCCAAGUGGAGAUCCUGGGAUCAAAUAGUGCUUUUCGAAAAUCUGAGCUCGUUAGACUGCGUAUUCGCGUACACAAGACCUCUGUUUGCGUGUCUCGCCGAGAAAGGGAUCAGCGUGUCGAUACAGUCGGCCGUCAAUCCGAACAUACCGGACGCCCUUAUGAUCCAGAAACAUCGAAUCGGAUCGAUCGUGCUGCUCGAUGGACUAAAUCUAACGUCCCCGGAGAACGUUCUUAACGUGGCCUCCCAGAAGUUUCUCUUCAACUAUUACAUCUCCUGGUUGAUGAUCACCACGAGGAACACGGACGCGACUAUCGACAGGGUGCUACGGCAUUUGAAUAUCGGCAUCGACAGCGAUGUGGUCGUCGCCACGCCUUCCCUUUCCCACUCGGAGAUCCAGAAUUUAUCGCAAACUUACUGGAACAGGUCAUGUUGCUGUCUGCGACGUUACGGCGGCCAUUUUGCGUACCGCGAGCCUCCCACGAAGCGGAUCGACGAGAACGCCUCGAUGAACUUGAAAUACGCGAUCUUGGAGAACCGAACGGUGGUCUUCUAUUUCGUCAACGUGUACAAAAUCCGACAUUCCGAUAACACCAGCCUGGUGACGAAUUUCCUCGGUUCCUGGAACCCGGAUUCAUGGACGUUACAGAAUCAAGCGAGCGUGAAGCUUCGGAACGACUUCAAAGGGUUGCCGAUCGUUUUCGGCGUGUUGAACGGCACGAUCGACGGACAGAUGGACGCCACCGAUCAAUUAGAAGCGAACGAUAUCGCGCCUCUUCUUGAUUUCGCGAUCUUCGUCACGAGCAGCGUGAAUGCAAGCAUAGAAUUGGUGCCCCACGAAAAGCUCGGUACACUGAACAACAAAGUAUGGAGCAAUCUUCUUGGAGAUGUGGUCGCCGGAACCGUCGAUAUAGGAUUGGGAUACAUAACCGUGACCGAGGAACGACAAGCAGAGAUGACGUUUAGCCAUCCUUUGAUACGUUAUAUGAGAAAUAUUUAUUACCAUCCGCUGGAAAGCGGAACUAUGAGAGACAUAUUUCGUCAGCCUUUUAACAACUGUCUGUUGGGAUGCGUCGCGUCCACGUAUCUCGCUAUUUUCAUCGCGAUGGGGCUUAUCAUCUACGCCGCGAAAACUGUCCUCCAUCAUGAAGAUGAGAAACGCGUUGGAAUGGGAGAGGCUGCCCUCUGGUGCAUCAGUAUAAUGUGCAUGCAAGGUUCUCCGUGGACACCGCGCAAUCCGUCCGGAAAGACGGUUCUAUUGUUCAGUCUGAUGUUCGCGUUGGUAAUGUACAACGCUUACGCUGGCUUUAUUACAUCCAUAUUGUCGGUCCAAGCAAGCGGUAUCAAGUCGAUCACCGAUCUUCUAUCGUACAAUUUCAAGUUGGGUUACAGCAUAACCGACGAUGAAUAUAUUCGGAACGUGAACGACAGCAAUCUCCGUGAGCUUUACAUAAGAGCUUUCAACAAUCGUGAGUCCAGAUUAGACACCACGUCCGGUCUCACGAAAGCAGUGCAAGGGCAAUACGGUUUCUUCGUAAGCGCCACCCUCGCACGGCGUGCUCUCAGAACGACGUUAAUACAAGAACGGUGCACCUUGAAGGAGUUACCCCUUCCGCAAACAUUCACGAUGGUCGCUCUACCGAUGGCCCAUUCUUGUCCCUACAAAAAGAUAAUUAACCUAAAUAUUUUGAGGAUACGAGAGCGAGGAGUACUGAACAGGAUAACGGAACGAAUGCUACCGGAAAUGCCGCAGUGCAAGUCCCCGACCACAUUUCACAGCGCCCGGCUGGCCGACGUUUAUUCCGCGUUCUUUAUUCUAAUCGCGGGCGGACUGACAGCGAUUUCGAUCUGGAUCGCAGAGAGGAUCUGGAAUAAAAGGCGGCAAAUGAAGGACACCAUAGUAAGGGGGAUGCGUCAGCAUCAUCUGAUGCCGAAUCUGUCGCACUUACCCCAUCUACCUCACCGACCGAAUGAUAUUUUCGCGAAUGAUUCUCAUGAAACGAGGAUCAACAAACUGUUCGACCACAAUUCGCAGGAUCCACCAAGAACGAUUUCACGUUCCGAGUUGAACGACAACGAUGCGACGGAUUACGACAAAAUCAAUCGUUCGUCUUUCGUGUCGAGAUUUCGCAACGGUCGUGGACAGGUCGCUUCUAAUGAAAUGGUAUUUCCUGAACUACCGAGGACAAAGUUCUCAAACGACACGAAGACCAGCGAUCGUGUAGUAUUUCCUUUUCACGAAUGA